CUUUCUUGCAUCUCUUCUCAAUCUACUAUACAUAUCCCUCACAUCCCCCUUCUCUCCACCAAAUUCCUGUGUGUUUACAGCUCUCCCUAUUUCAAGCACCAAAGGGGCAAGAGAAAAGAGAGAUAUGAACAAUAAGAUCAAUACAAUGGUCUUAGGGUUUUUAUUCCGCCUCUCAAAUCAAACUCACACCUGAAUUCUCUUUCUCUCUUUUCUCUUUUUAUUACUACUGUUUUGUAUACCUAGGCUAGGGUUUUAUAUAUAGUCAUCUAGAUGAUGAAGGUUGUGAGAUUUCAGGUAUGAGAACAACAAAAUCAGGCUAUUGUAGCUUAUUAUCAUCUCAUUGAUUAUCUGCCAGCCUCCGCAAAAGGUCUCAUCUUUUAAGCAAGAUUAGAUAGCUUGAGUUGAAUUAUAAUAAUCUAUGUGUUUCAGAUUCUGUAAUCUUUAGAUUAUGUUCUGAAAUUUCUUUAUUUGUUGAGUCAAUAUUCAAUUUUUCGGUCAGUGUUAGGGCUAUUGAGGUUGAGGGUUUGUAAGUUUUCUGAAUUUUGCUGUUUUUUUAUUACAAAAAAGAAAAAAGUAAGAAAAAAAGAUGAAUCGAAGGGUUAGGAGAAAAGUCCUUCAAUUGAAGGAUAAAGAGAAGUUAACUUGUGAUAAUUAUGUUGAAAUUUGUGAUGGGAGUUCCAGUUCUGAGAGGAAAGGUGAUGUUGAUUGGAUUUCUUUGCCUGAUGAUACUGUUAUUCAGUUGUUCUCUUAUUUGAAUUAUAGAGACCGAGCUAGUCUAUCAUCAACUUGUAAAACAUGGAGAGUACUAGGUUCUUCUCCCUGUCUUUGGAGUUCUCUUGAUCUCCGAGCACAUAAGUGUGAUUCUGCCAUUGCAGUUACCCUUGCGUCUCGAUGUUCUAAUCUCCAGAAACUUAGAUUUCGUGGUACUGAAUCUGCAAAUGCAAUAAUGAAUUUACAAGCUAGAGGUUUAAGGGAAAUCAGUGGUGAUUUUUGUCGCGAAAUUACUGAUGCAACUCUAUCUGUAAUGGCUGCUCGACACGAGGCUCUUGAAAGCCUCCAACUUGGGCCGGAAUUUUGUGAGAGGAUUAGUAGUGAUGCUAUUAAACUGGUUGCUCUUUGUUGCCCUAAGUUGAAGAGGUUGAGGUUGUCGGGAAUUCGGGAUGUGGAUGGAGAAGCUAUCAAUGCUUUGGCAAAACACUGUGGGCAGCUAGAAGAGAUUGGAUUUAUGGACUGUAUGAGUAUCGAUGAGGUGGCACUUGGAAAUGUGAUGUCUGUUCGAUUCCUUUCUGUUGCAGGGACUAGAAACACGAAAUGGAGUUCUGCUUUGCAUCUUUGGAAUUUACUCCCCAACCUGAUUUGUUUAGAUGUUUCGAGAACUGAUGUUACUUCCGCUGUUGUCGUUAGACUGAUGUCGACAACACCAAGUUUGAAGGUGGUUUGUGCCCUAAACUGUCCGAAUCUUGAGGAAGAAAGCAACCAUACAGCUUACAAUGUUAAGGGGAAGUUGUUGUUGGCCCUUUUUAGUGAUAUUUUCAAGGGAGUUGCUUCUUUAUUCGCCGAUACUACUGUCAAAGAUAGGGAUGUAUUUUCAGAGUGGAGUAGUUCAAAGAGUGGGAAUAAGAACUUGAAUGAUACCAUGACAUGGCUUGAAUGGAUUCUAUCACACACACUUUUACGAAUUGCCGAAACCAAUCCACAGGGGUUGGAUACUUUCUGGCUAAAACAAGGUGCUGCAUUGUUGCUCAGUUUGAUGCGGAGUUCGCAAGUUGAUGUCCAAGAACGAGCGGCUACAGGACUUGCAACAUUUGUUGUCAUUGAUGACGAAAAUGCCACUGUUGACUGCGGAAGGGCAGAAGCAGUCAUGCAGGAUGGUGGAAUACGCCUUCUGUUGGACCUAGCAAAAUCUUGCCGUGAAGGUCUUCAGUCUGAAGCAGCCAAAGCUAUUGCAAACUUGUCGGUCAAUGCAAAAGUUGCGAAGGCUGUAGCUGAAGAAGGAGGAAUAAAUAUCCUUGCUGAUUUGGCAAGGUCCAUGAAUAGAUUGGUCGCAGAAGAAGCUGCUGGUGGACUUUGGAACCUCUCCGUGGGAGAAGAGCACAAGGGCGCCAUUGCUGAGGCAGGUGGAAUAAAAGCUUUAGUGGAUCUUAUUUUCAAAUGGCCCUUCGGUGGUGAUGGAGUCCUUGAACGGGCUGCAGGUGCACUUGCAAAUUUGGCGGCUGAUGAUAAAUGUAGCAUGGAGGUUGCGGUGGCAGGUGGCGUACAUGCUUUAGUGAUGCUUGCCCGGACGUGCAAGUUUGAUGGAGUCCAAGAGCAGGCUGCUCGUGCGUUGGCUAAUCUGGCUGCCCAUGGAGAUAGCAACAGUAACAACGCUGCUGUUGGGCAAGAGGCAGGUGCGCUUGAAGCAUUAGUGCAGCUUACAUGUUCUAAUCAUGAAGGUGUCAGGCAGGAAGCUGCUGGUGCUUUGUGGAACUUAUCAUUUGACGACAGGAAUCGUGAAGCUAUUGCUGCAGCAGGAGGUGUCGAGGCAUUGGUCGCACUUGCACAAAAUUGUUCGAAUGCCUCCCAAGGUCUACAAGAAAGGGCAGCCGGCGCUUUGUGGGGAUUGUCUGUAUCGGAAACAAAUAGCAUUGCCAUUGGACGAGAAGGAGGCGUUGCACCUCUUAUUGCAUUGGCACGUUCAGAAGCUGAAGAUGUCCAUGAGACAGCUGCAGGGGCACUUUGGAAUCUUGCGUUUAAUCCAGGUAAUGCCCUUCGUAUAGUGGAGGAAGGAGGAGUUCCGGCUCUUGUGCAUCUUUGUUCUUCGUCAGUUUCAAAAAUGGCACGAUUCAUGGCUGCACUGGCAUUAGCGUACAUGUUCGAUGGGAGAAUGGAUGAAGUUGCUGCGUCAAUAGGGUCUAUGUCGGAAGGCAUUUCAAAGAGCGUAAGCUUAGAUGCUCCUAGAAGGAUGGCCUUGAAGAAUAUACAUGAAUUCGUGGGUACCUUUUCUGAUCAGCAAUCCUUUAAUGCGGCUGCUAACUCAUCAGCUCCCCCGGCCUUGGCACAAGUGGCAGAAGCAGCACGCAUACAGGAGGCUGGACAUCUCAGAUGCAGUGGAGCUGAGAUUGGAAGAUUUGUGGUGAUGCUUCGGAACCCCUCUUCCAUAUUAAAGGCGUGUGCUGCUUUCGCUCUUCUCCAGUUUACCAUCCCAGGAGGCCGCCAUGCAACACACCAUGCUAGUCUCUUGCAGAAAUCUGGAGCUGCACGGGUCAUGCGUGCUGCUGCUGCAGCUGCAACUGCACCCCUUGAAGCCAAAAUAUUUGCAAAGAUAGUACUUCGUAAUCUUGAGCACCAUAAUGUAGAAGCUUCAUCUUUAAUCUAGACAUAGACCUCAUGUGGAUGAAGAAAGUGUUGGGGGAUGACCUUACAGAUCCACCGGAAUAUUGGAUGAUCACUGUAUUCAUGAAAUCAGAAUGCCUCAAAGGGGACAUACUCGAUGGGGUUUCACUGUAGCAGCAGCAGGUCUUCUUGGCACAACUGUUGGUUGAAAGUCUCAAAGUAGUGGGUGAUUGUAGCUUUCUUCAUCUGCUUUCUUAGGUAUGGUUCUAUUUUUAUUCAUUUUAUUGGUGUGGCGUGCUUUUUCUAUCAAUUUAUUUUCCUUCUGAACUUGUAAAAGGGUACUGGAAGGGUGUCAGAGAGACACCGGUAUCUAACAUUUUUGAGUGUUUGUUCUUUUCUUUCUGUAAACAUUUGAUGGCAUUGUGUUCCAUAAUACCCUAUAUAUUUUGGCUAUCUGAGACUUAAUUAGUUGUCAGAUUAAAAAAAGAAACCGACUUCCUUGCUUAACAA